AUUUUUUUCCACUUUAAGGAAACACAAUUUCCAUUCGUUUGCAAAUACAACGCACGCACGCACACCCACACACACGCACCAGGCGAGUGCGUAGGUGUGAAAACAAGUGAAACAGAGUUGGGAAAACAAACUGGGAUACUGGCUAAAAAUAUUGGAUUAAAAAUUAAGCUCGAAUAAAAGUCAAAAUAAUAACAACAACAGCAAUCAAUCGAAAAUGCGCGUGUGACAAAGAGAGGGCGAGUGAGGAAAAGAGAGGGAGAGCAGCCUACACACACACACACACGCUGACGUCGACGCGCUGUCUGUUCAGUGGAGCAGUGUUGCCAGCCCACAAACAGCUGCCCGAGAAUCCCAAUUAAAUAAUUAAUAAGUUCAAAUCAGAAUUGGAGUAUCUGAGGCCGAUUUUGCAUACUUCAUUUCCCCAAUUCGGCUUAUUGGCAUUGGGGCUCUGCGCUGCUGCUGCUGAGUUGGCAACACUGGCCUGGCCCCCCAAAAAGAGAGCGAGCGAGCGAGAGAGCAAGCGCGAGAGAGUCACAUGCUGGGGCGCUCAUUUCAAUUUUCCUCAAUGAACACUUUUCACGGUUUUCGGUUCGUCGGUUCGCGUUUUCCACAGUCGUGCGUUGUUUUUGCUCGUGGAAAAGUUGUAAGGCCCAGCCAGCCAGGCAGCAAGUACAUAAUAUAGCCAACAUUUAUUCGCAGUGCACGCAGCGCGGGAGAGCGAGCUGUUAAAUAAUUUUUAAAGUGUUUGUGUUUUUAACGUGUACAACCCAACAAAAAAAAAAAAAAGAAUUCUAUGCCUUUUGCAUAACAAAAACAAACGUAGCAAAUAAAAGAAAAAGAGCCAUAAACACACACACUCGGUUAAAAAUACAGAGAGAGAGACAGAGAGACGGACGCCUACGUCAAUAAGUGAAAAACGGAAGGAUGCUGCUGAUGUCACCGUUGCCGUUGCACUAGCAACACCAGCCAGUCGAAGGAUAUAAACUGAUAAAAAAAAAGAAAUCAACCCAAACUCUCCUCUUCCCCGCAAACAAGCCACACACAUGUUGCUGCCACAACUAAGAUGCUCAGCGCUGCCAAUGCAACUGCAACAGCAACACAUGGAGGAGCAGCAGCAGCAGCCGCGAUUGCCGCAGCCGAGACUUAUGUCAUAACAAACAAGCAACAGCAACAACAGCAACAACAACAGCAGCAGCAACAAGUCUUUGUUGUUGCCGCCAACAAAAUGGUGAUACCAGCAACGGGAGCAACAAUCGCCGGUAUACCAACAGCAACAACAACAGCUGCCGCCGAGUCAACAGCAACGCAGCAACAUCAACAGCAGCAGCAGCAACAUAUGCAACACCAGCAACAUGUGCUGUUCCAGCCGCACCUACAAGCAACAACAACAACAACAACAGCAGCAACCAGCACACCUCAGCAACAGCAACCACCUCAGCCGCGGCAGCAUCCCAAGAAGCGAAAGUUCGAUCCAGCCGAGCUGGACAAGACCGAGCAGCAUCCCCAGCAGCAGCAUCCUCAGCAGCAGCAGCAACUGAGUCUGCAGCAGAAGCAGCAGAAACCCGCCGAUACGAAUGGCAACAGCGAUGGCCAUCAGCUGCAUCGCAUGAUCGUGAGUUGCGGUGCAGGCGCCGGCAACAACAACAGUAGCAACAGCAGCAGUAGCAGUAACAGUAACAGCAACAGCGAUAUCAAGCAGCAACAUGCGAGCGGUAGUACUUACAAGCAACAUGUUGCCAGCGGCAACAAUAGUCACGCAGCCACAAUCAAUCAUCAACGCACACACACGCCCACAACCGCCGUCUACUAUCCACAGCAGCAGCAGCAACAGCAACAACGUUUUAGCUUUAACUCAAACAAUCAGCAACAUGUACAGGAACAACACCAGCAGCAACAGUCGCAACAGCAACACCAGCAGCAAUCCCUGCUCGAUCUCAGCGAGUGGAACAACACGCGUGUCCUAGCCAAAAUCCACAAUCACUAUGCUCCAGGGAUAAUACGCCAAGUGCAGGAGGCGUCUCCCGACUCAAUACUCGUGGAAUUCGAUUCCACCGAUUUGGGAUUGCUGUUGUAUCCGGACGUGUUGCACCAGGGCCGCAAUCAUGUGAUACUCGAUGCCAGCCCGCCCAUGGCGGAUAUUACCCUGGAUGCCCGUGUCUGUGUGCGCCAGCGGGUGGAAGGUCGCGGCUCCGGCAGCUUCGUCUACGUGGAGGGCAUUAUUACGGACAUCAACCAGGCCACGAAGCAAUAUAGCGUGCAACUGAUUGGCGACGAGAUGGCCACCACCAAAGUAGUCCGUCGCGCCGAUCUGCGGCUCCUGCAGCCGCCGUGGUGGGAUGAGCUCAACGAACUGACGCCUUCGGGUGGAGCCAGUGCCCCCGCAUCCAGUGCCAAGCGAAAGGUGUCGGCGGGAGGAUCAGGAGCAGCGCCUGGCGAAGCAAUGGCUGUGCCCAGUGGCAAUAUCGUUUACCCCAAGGCGGCCACCGGUGCGCCAUUGACCUUCGUGGCCACCCGCUAUGACGGCAAGCUGCCCACGGCGCCACCCACGCCCACCCACCAACAGCACCUGGUGAAACAAGAAGAGUAUUAUCGGACGACGGCCACGUCGCCCUUCCAGACGCGACCCCAAUUCGCCGGCCCCUCCCACGGAUCGGAGCAGGUGGCCCAGGCGGCGCAGUCGCACCCCCAGCAGACCAACGGCCUGCCGGACAUCGUGAUCUCCCCGGGCAGCAAUGGGCAGCACCUCAAGAUGCAGCAACAGCAGCAGCAGCAGUCGUCGCGGGGCUACGACGACUACGACUCGGACGACGAACUCAAAAGGGUCGGCAUCGGAUACUCACCAGCGGCCGGCGACCUGGACACGGAGAAGAUGAGCGCCUGCAGCAAGCGAAGCAGCAUGCAGAGCCGCGGCAGCACGUCCAGUCUUCUCGACCAGAGGCUCACACCACGAUCUCAUCCAGCAACACCAAGAUCUCAGGCCACCACGCCGCACCGCUUCAAGAAGGGAGACAUCGUGGAGUCGGAGUCCGGCGUGCGCAAGAAGUACAACGGGAAGCAGUGGCGUCGCCUGUGCAUGCUCUGCACCAAGGAAUCUCAGCGGCGCGGCUUCUGCUCGCGGCACCUCAACCAGAAGGGCAACAACAGCGCCCUGCCCUCGUCGACGGGUCCGGGUCGUCUGCUCAGUGACAGCCGAUCGAGCAGCAAGACGCAGAUCGAUGAGGACACCUCUCGCGACUCGGAGACGUCGCCCAACUAUCGGGUCAAAGGUCGCUACGAUCAGGAGGAGACCGAUGCGGCCGUCAUGCUGGUAUCGCUGAGCAGCUCGCGAUCUGCCACGCCCUCGUACACCUCGCCUGUGAACCACGCCGGAGCCUCGCCGCUCAAUGCCAUUGCCCAUUCGCCGGUUAAUGUGUCCGCCACUCACAGGCAGAACUUUUUCACGCCCAUCGCCAACCAGUCGCAGCAGCAACAACAACAGCCUGUGGCCGUACCGCUCGACUCCAAGUGGAAAACAACACCCAGUCCGGUGCUCUACAAUGCCAACAACAACAGCAGCAGCAACAGUAACAACAACAACAAUGGCUGGGAGCCGAGCAGCAGCAGCAACAACAAUACUCAUGUUGCAGCCACGGCAGCAACAUCAACCCCACUGCCGCCGCAAACAACGCCCGUUUCGCUGGUGAUGCAUGCCCCACCGCCGCAGCACCACCAACUGCAGCACCACCACCACCAACCGCCUCCGCCGCCACCUGCCAGUUUGCCAGCCCCAUCGGCACCACCCACCAGCAACAACAGUGUGGGUCAUGCCACCAGCGUUAUACGCAUUUCCAGCAGCCAACAGCAACAUCAGCAGCAGCAGCAACAGCAGCACCAGCAACAUCCACAUGUGGUGGUGUCCGGCGGUCAGACCUUUCAUCCCGUGAUUGUGGACGCCACUCAGCUGACUGUGCCCCUGCCGCCCACAACGGUUUCAUUUCAUCAGCCCAACACGCCCACCUCAACGGCGGCCACAGUGGCGUCCAUGGGUCAGGAGAAGAUGCUGCCAAAAAACGGCUACAAUGCGCCCUGGUUCAAGCUGCUGCCCCACAUGACGCCCAUGAGCAAGGCGCCACCAGCUCCGGCCACUCCAACCUUGACCACUUCGGCCAGCAGUUACAACGUGGUAAUGAUGCAACAACAGCAGCAGCAACAUCAGCAGCAGCAGCAACAACUGCAGCAACAGCAACAGUCGCCGCCCCAAAUGCCGCUGAACCACAACAACAACCAUCUGAUUGUGCCCGCUCCACUCUGUUCCCCCGGCAAGCCGCUCAACUGCUCCAUGAACGAUGCCAAGGUAGCGGCAGCAGCAGCAGCGGCCGCAGUGGCCAACCAGAGGCAACAGCAGCAGCAGGAGGAGGCGGACGAUCAGCUGGACGAUGAUGUCUUCGAGGCCACGACGCCCGGGAUAGGAAACAACAGCAAGAAAACGGCAGCCAUGCGCCUGCCCACGCACAACAGCAACAUACGCAAGCUGGAGGAGUGUCAUGAUGCGAGCGAUGGAGUAGCCGGUGCACCAGCCACCUCGGCAGCCAAGCGGAGGAGUCAAUCGUUAAGCGCCCUGCAGCAGCAGCAGCAACAACAGCAGCAGCAGCAACAAGCGGGAGCGGCAGGAGCAGCAGCUGGGCAGACGGCGAACAAGAAGAUCAGGCGACCCAUGAACGCCUUCAUGAUCUUUUCGAAGAAGCACCGCAAGAUGGUGCACAAGAAGCAUCCGAAUCAGGACAACCGAACGGUUAGCAAGAUCCUGGGCGAGUGGUGGUACGCUUUGAAGCCAGAGCAGAAGGCGCAGUACCAUGAGCUGGCCAGCUCCGUGAAGGAUGCACACUUUAAGCUGCAUCCGGAGUGGAAGUGGUGCUCAAAGGAUCGUCGCAAGUCGUCCACUUCGACGGCCACGCCGGGUGGAAAGGGAGGAGGAGCAGCCGACGCCAAGCAGCGACUGGUCUCAGUGGACGGCUCCGAUUCCCUGGAACACGACAUGUGCCCCUCAACGCCGGGAGGCAGCGGCAGCCAGGGCAUCACCUCUGAUCUUCAGGGCGACAUUAUACCGCUGACGAUCGACAACUAUAAUAGCACCUGCGACGAGGCGCCAACUACGAUCUCGAUGAAGGGCAGCGGCAGCGGCAACGGCAAGCUGAUGAAGAACGAGCUGCCCUCCGACGAAGACGAGCAGAUGCUGGUGGUGGAGGAGGUGGAGCAGACGCAACAGCCAGCAAAGAAGAUCGACCUGCAUUGCCGCGAGCGAGUGAAUGACUCGGACAUGGACGACGCACCCUUUGACUACCGCAAGCAGCAGCCAGAGGCGAAUCAGCGUUCGGCGGAGGACCACAAUACACAAACCGGUGCCAAUGGCCAGGCCAUGAACGCACCGCCGCUCAGCGGAGGAGAGCGCGAGAUCACACUGAAACCCAAGGCAAUCAAGGCCCAUCCGGUGCUGGAGAGCAACAUGCCAUACACCCAAAUGUCCAUCUACACGCAGUACACUAGUCCCAAGAAUCCAAUCGGUGUAACACCAUUCCAACCCACAGGCGGCGCCUUCAAGUCGAUGCCCAUUAGCCCCAAGGGCAGUGGUGGCAAGCCAGAGGACGCUGCCUCCCUGCAGCCACAUAUCAAGCAGGAGGACAUCAAGCAGGAGCCGCCAUCGCCGUACAAGCUGAACGGUGGCUCCGGAUCAGCCGCCUCCGGUGGGGGCGUGGUCAGUGCUCCGCCGCCCAGCAGCGGCAGCGUCGGUGCCAUCUUCAACUUUAAUGUGCCAACGGCGACGGCUUUGAGUCAGAAGCAGUUCCACUACCCCAUGCACCAUCCCCAUCGCAGUCCCACGGAUCUUAGAGCUGCCCACCAGGCGUGUGUGCCAUCGUCGCCGGCGGGCAUGGGAUUGGGUCAUGCGGCCAACAUUGCCACGCCCCCGGCAUCGGCCCCCGCCCAGAUCAUGGGAGGUGGACCGGGGCAAGGCCAGAAGAUGUUCUUCGCCAUGAGCAAUCCGUACCCCUUGCUGCCGCGCUCCCACCAACCGGGCACUCCGAGUCUGGAGCACUUGCAGCUGGACGCCUUUGCGCCAGGAAGUUACAUAUUUAAGAAUCACAACGGUCUGUCCUCAUUGCCGCCGCCUGUGAGUGCCCAGCCCACGAUGCUGCUGCAUGGAUAUACGCCGAGCCACAGCGCCGAACCGCCAGCUAGUUCGCCCUCGUACAAAUCAAUGCCAUCCACUCCCAAGUCGGCCACGUAUCUAAUGAGUGCGCCACCGGAACGCGGAAUGGAUCAUUCAUCAGCGGCGGCGAGUGGAGGCGAUGAGAGCGAUAUGGAUGCCGAUGGUCAGCAGUUUAUACUGGCUCCUACUCCUGCCCAAUUGGGACGAGCUCCACUUCAGCGGCGCAAGAAUCUAUCGCAAAGCAAGUCGGAGAACAAUGUGUCCUUCGGAGCUAAUCUAGGGGCCAGCAAUGGACAGCACAUUAGCCGCAAGCUGCACUCGCCCACAAUGAUGGAGGCCUCGUCGCCGAUCAUAGGCCAUGUGAACAGCAGCAGCCUCAGCUCUGCCCUGCCCACGCCCACAUCCUCGACAACUACGCCGAACAGCGAUGAGCAAUUGCCUCUGACGCCGACCACUAGCAGCGCCAACAGCAAUAUUCAGCAGCAGCCCAAAUCUCCGAUGAAGGGAGCGCCUGGAUCAGCGGCAGCGGCGCUCAAAAAGAAGAACGAUGAGAUGAACAACAGUGUGCUCAAGCAGGUGGACUUUGAGAAGAAGUACAAGGCCCUGCCGCAGUUUCAGCCUGAGGAUUGCCAGUCGCCCAGUGCCAUCGCUGUGCCCUCUUCGCCGCGCGUCUAUGGCACCAACUACCGCAAGAAGAACACGGCUCCGCCGCCAACUCAGAAGCUAAUGUGCGAUGACGACUCCAUUGACGAACCAGCUUCGGCACCGCCCACAACCACCCAACGUUUCUUUGGUCCUGACUUUACCAACGAGCUAAAGGAACUGGACAGCUCUGACCAAACGGGCCGCUCGCCCAGGACGCCAAAGACACCGCUGCAGAGCGCUCGUUCGGAUGCCAGCGAGAAGGGCCACCGCAAGGUGCUGGAGACGCGUCGCCACCUGGUCAUGCAGCUGUUCGCCGAGCACGGUAACUUUCCCACUGCCCAGGCAACCAUAGCCUUUCAGACCAAGCACAUCGAUGUCUUUCCGCGCAAGCAAGACCUGCAGCUGAAGAUACGAGAGGUGCGCCAGAAGCUGCUUGGCCAGGCAUCCUGCACUCCGCACUCGGCGGGUCCCAACACGCCGUCCGACUCCAACUCGUCGUCAACCACAUUGAGUGCCAGUAGCGGCGGCUUGAAUGUGCAGGCCACCAAUGCAGCAGAUGUUUUUCAAUAUUACUAAACGACAGGUGGUCAACAACAACAGCACCCUGAGCAGCAGCAGCAGCAACAUCCCGCCACCAAAGCCACUGAAUCUGAUACCAAGUACAAGUAAAUUGGAGUGGACAAGGACGAGGACGAGGAGUUUGGCGGGAACAGGACACAACAA